UGGUAAAAAGCAUACUCGUCAGUAUAUUGUAGACCUCUUAAUACAUUUGACGGAUCCGUGUCGAGUGGAGUAUCCUCGCGCUCUCUCACAGUGUGGCGGAGUGUGUUGUUACAAUCCGAGAUUCCAAGUUCCCAGCGCCAGUGCCAAGUAUGUUCUGUUCUGUUCUCGAUGAACCUUGAAGUUGUCGUGAAACACUGUGAAUUUAGCGUUGUCUCUUGUUCAACGUGGCGCGCGCGCGUGUCGUGGUGUAGUGUCCCAAAGUGGUCCAUUAUUAUCCAUCAAUCGAUCAUUUAUUGUUAUUAUUGCCACUAGAUUGCAAUUGCCAAGCUAAAGAGUGAUCCGGUCGUCAUACGCGCGGGAGACUUUCUCGAGUGGAAGACUUAAGUUCAAGUACUGAGUUAUCGUAGCUUUCCCGGGCAAGAGUGCGGUGUCUGGUGUAUUUGACCAUUUAUUAUCACGAUAGCAUCCUCGAUUGAUACUUUGGCCAACAGCGAGAAUACUCGUGACUAGUGUUUGCCUGUGUUAUGCUCCCCGGAACACACUCUCGAUUGGCGUUUGAACAAUUGCCCUAGUUACGAGGAUUAUUAAGCCAAGGUCGACCAGUGUCUAAAGUGUCCGUGACAGUCGAUAUAUCCUUAAGGUGUGUUCCAGUAACUUUUGAUCAGGACGCUCUGAGGCAUGACAAGGUGGUUCGUUUCUACAAACAACAAAACAUUGUACGUAUAAUACGAAGUGCAUGGUAAAAACAGAAAAAAAGUUUAUCGGUGUUUGGAAGUGUGCUCCUGUGUUCACUAAUUAGGCUCAGUACAUGUCAACCACACUUUCCAGUGUAUCUGGAGUGUAUCCAGAAGAUUCUGAGCAAGAGCAUGGACUGUUGCCCGAUUUAAAUGGUGUUGAUUUGGUUAUGAGCUUAUCGCCGAAAGGAAACCACCAUCAUCACCAUUUGACCAGUUUACAGCACUUGCAGAACCUUCAGCAUAACUCGUUGCAUAGCCACUCGACGCCUUUCAGCGUCACAGACAUACUGAGUCCAAUCGAAGAGUACCGCAAGCUGGAACUUAGCGCCAAUCCGCCGUCUCCUUAUAGCGGCGGGAGCAGCGUCAACUCGCCAAGUGCUCUCGGUUCCAACACGUCGGCUGCAGCAGCUGCCGCCAGCAAUAUGGCCAAUCCGUACGCAAUGGGUCCGCUGUACCACAGCCCGGGUGUGCAGAGCUACUGUGGCCCCACGGACAACCUCUCGCUCGCCGGCCACUACACGGACAUGCGGAACUCGGCCGCCGGUUGGUACGGGUCCACCGCCAGCGAUCCGCGCUUUGCAAUGCAAAAAUGUGACACAUGGAAAGACGUUUGUUUGCAUUCCCAAUUCGAUGCGACCUCCCUUAACCACUGUCAGCGGCAUGUUUACAACGAAACUUUUUCCCGACUGAUGGGUGGCUCUGCGGGAGGCACCAUGGGGCACGCUAUGACCAACAUGGGCAGCCUGGCGGCAUGUAGUGUGACAGACACGAAACCAAUGCAGUUCCCACUGGCGCAGCGGCGGAAACGACGGGUGCUAUUCACACAAGCGCAGGUUUACGAGCUGGAGCGAAGAUUCAAACAACAAAAGUACCUGUCGGCGCCCGAACGGGAACAUCUAGCGAGUUUAAUACAUCUAACCCCCACCCAGGUUAAGAUAUGGUUUCAAAAUCAUCGAUAUAAAUGCAAACGGCAGGCAAAGGAGAAGGCGAUGGCAGAGCAGAAUCAGCAUAAUCAGUCAGCCAGCUCACCACGACGUGUGGCCGUACCAGUACUAGUUAAAGAUGGCAAGCCGUGUUCCGGCGGCUCUAAUUCCAACGCUUCUGCUCAGCAGCAGCAACAGCAACAGCAGCAGCAGGCUCAACAGCAGCAGCAAGUGAGUGGCAGCAAUAGUUCCCUGACGGCGAGCGGCAGCGGAGGAGGUGGCGGCGGUGGAGGCGGGGGUUCCAGUGUGGUCCUAACCAGUGACUCCAACAAUACCCACUCGCCGGACACGCCGUCUUCGACGCUGCUAUCGUCGUACAACGGCAGCCACAACGUUACCGGCCAGAUGCUGCAGCAGCCGUGCAAUAAUAGCCUUAUGUCCAACAGUUUGGCCAUGGCAUACCGGAACCAGAACAACUUCAUGGCCAACAGCCACCAGCAGCAGUGCGGUAGCUAUCUCCCGCUGCAAACUAGAGCCUGGUAAUAUUAGUUGAAAUGUUAGGUUUCGUCAUUAAUUUAAUGUAGCGCGUUUAAUUUUUAUCCAUUGCGAAACUUGUGAAACAAAAGAAAAACUGUUAACUAUCGAUAUAGUUCUUUUUACUUAAUUUUAUAAAUUAAUAUAUACUAGAUGAGCUGUAGGAAUCUUUGCGCAGAGGGUAAAUUACUUACUGAAAUUGUAAAUACAAAGUAGCCAAUAAGAGAACAUGCGAAGUUCACGUUCUGCUUAACAUUGAACCUCCAUUCAUAAGCAAUCUACUGGAGGAUACAUUGGAUUUGAGAUUAAGUACAAUUGUUAAAGUAAAAAUUUGUGAAGCACCAACCGGCCAAUCAGAAAAAAAAGUUUGCCACUUAUACAUCGACAGAAUUGCAAUAGGAGUGUAGAUUCAACACUUUCGCUUGCAGUACCAAGUACACAUAAUGUUUCCCAAAACAAAACAGUGAUAUGUUUUCGCAUUUGAACAAAAAUCUAUUCGGUCAAUUGUAAAUAAAUUUGUCCCCAGAUGAGAGACGAGUUCAUUCAUUUCAACCAAUCGAAGUUGUGGAAAACGAGUCGGUAGGUGAAAACAGUCGAAAUUAAUUCGAAUCCGUCAUGCAGAAAUGAAUUGGCUAGCAAUCAAAAAUAAUCAUCACAUGCAAUCCAGCAUUUGUACAUAUUUAAUCGAAAAGGUUUUAAAUAGAAUCGGUAAAGCAUUAAUGAAAAAUGAAAUGUUGUUUAUCUCACGUACACACGCGCACACACUCACACAAAAGUAUACGCGAGGAAGACUGUGGUACAUUAAAGGGGGUGGACGGGGUAAUGCUUUUCGAUAAUCAGCAAAAAAAACGGGAGUGUAAGUGUCCACUGAAUAUGGGAUAACAGCUUUUUGUCGCAACAAUUGAAUUUUCAUUCAACGAAAAGGCAUGAAAAAUUAAUAAAAGAAAUACUUCGAAUCAUGUAAGAUGGAAGUUAUUUAAUUUAAUUCAUAUCUAUAAAGGUUAAAAAAAUAGACAAAGCAAGCAGCAAAAGGAUUUAAUUAUAAAUAAACUCCAAAUAAAGCAUAAGCUACGAUUUAGUUUGUAUGAAAAUUGUGAAAAACUAUAAAAUGUGGUAGCAAAAAGGGCGAAAACAGCAAAAUAAAUAUUGAAAUAAUAAACGA